AUGAGAUCACGAUCGAAGUCUAUUCCCGUUGAAUCAAUAAAUUUAUCAAACAGUUAUCGAAACUCUUUAUUAACUGUUUCAGACCCACAAACAGUUCCAUUACCACCUGUUGAAGUUCAACAGAAAACUAUCUCACAAGAAGACCGUGUUCUCACCUGUUCAAUGCUUUUUAGUGGUCCUAAUGGUAAACCUAAUUUAAAAAUUUUAAAAGAACACUUAAGGAGACAAGGAAGAUUAGAAAAUUAUGCAGCUGUUAAAUUAAUUCGUCAAGCAGCUGAUAUUUUUAGAAGUGAAAAGAAUAUAUUAGAAGUUGAUGCACCAGCAAUCAUUGUAGGAGAUAUUCAUGGACAAUUUUACGAUAUGUUAAAUUUUAUGGACCUUUUAGGAAGUCCUGAAGACAAUAAAUUUGUAUUUCUUGGUGAUUAUGUUGAUCGAGGAGAUUUUAGUACAGAAGUUGUAUUUUAUUUAUUUGCCCUUAAAAUUUGUUAUCCAAAUAAUAUUAAAAUGUUAAGAGGAAAUCAUGAAAGUAGAUUAAUGUGUGAAUACAUGACAUUCUUAUUAGAGUGUCACAGCAAAUAUAACAUUAAAAUUUAUGAUGAAUUUGUUAGUUGUUUUGAUUGCUUGCCAUUAUGUGCUUUAAUUAACCAAAAUGUUAAUGGAAGAAUUUUAUGUAUGCAUGGUGGUCUUAGUCCAUCCGUUGGGCUUUUAGAAGAUAUUAUGAAAAUUAAUAGAUUUACAGAACCACCAAGUGAAGGAUCAUUAUGUGAUUUAUUAUGGUCUGAUCCUGUUUCAGAGUGGGACCCUGACUCACCAGAAUGGUUUGGAGUUAGUCGUAAAGAGUGGGAAGAAAUAACUUUUAAACCAAACAAACAAAGAAAAACUUCAUACCUCUAUGGUAAAAAAGCAGUUAAUAGAUUUCUUGCAGCAAAUGAUCUUUUUUGUAUUGUAAGAGCUCAUCAAGUCCAAGACAAUGGAUUCAAAGACCAUAAAUAUUUCAAUCCAUCUAGACAUCUUUCAGAAGUCUUUACAAUAUUUUCUGCACCUAAUUAUUGUGACUAUUAUAAAAAUUAUGGAGCUGUUAUGAAAAUCACUACUCGACCAUUUGACAUUAAAACAUUUGUUUGGAAACAACACCCUGUUGUUUUAGAAGAUUUCCAGGAUGGAAUGUCAUAUUCAUUAGACUAUUUAAUGGAAGGAAUAAUAACAAUUUUACAAGAAUUAAUUGUUGGAAUUAAAGAUGAUAAAAAUAUUGGAGAUGAACCAGAGAGUGAUUUACUUGCUGAAAAGAGUAAAAAGCUAUUUGCUAAAUCUUCAAAACUUCAAGAACGUCGUGAAAAAUUAUUAGCAGUGAAUGAUAAAGAUUAUCAUAAGAAUAUGUCAUUAUUUGAACGUGCUUGUAUGUUAGAUGAAAUUAAUGAGUCAUGUCCAACUCCUGAAAUGAUUACUAGAAAAUUCCAACACCAUCCAGGUGCUUUAAGAAAAGGAAUGUCAUCUCCUGCACUUCUCCAAAAACAACAACAAGAAACACAACCAAGGCCAUUGUCUAGUGGUCCUGGAGGACAAUUAAAACCAACAAAAGAAAAAGGAGGACUUAUUUUCUUAAAGAAAUCUUGA